AGAGGCCAAGGUUAUUUCGACGAAUUUUGUGUCCGCUGAAGGAAUAUAAUUUCUUAUUACUUGUCUCUGCCCUGGGAUAAACAUUCACCCAAGUUCGGCACAAACACCGUCCAGAGAACUGGCACACCUGAUUUAGCUUUCAAAAUCUUUCAUGUAACGCGUUUAGAAGUCACAUUAUGCUUAAAGACUGAGAUUGCAGCGCAGUUUCUUUAUAUUUAAAAGAUUAAAAAACUAAAUUAGGUUAAUGGGCUCCGUUAAUAAGUACAAUAUAGAAAUAACGGGAUAAUCUAUUCGUAAUUACGAGAUACACAUUAAAUAUUUAGUUUUCCUUGAUGGCAGCAAUGCGCUACCAUAUUACGGAACAUAAAUUUGAAAAAAGCGUAACAUAUAACUUUAGUUUAAUUUUAUGCGAAUACAGUAUUAGUAGAAUAGUAACUCUCACAAUACUCAAAAUAAUGACACGUUCUUUAUUUUAAAUAACUAUUGAUACAUUAAUUUCCACUAAUUUGAAAAUAAAAGUGACGAUUUCUUUACGUCUUGUCUCUAUUCUGCCCACAAUCGAGAAAAAUAAAUGGGGUAAAUAAAGAUAAGGUCCGCACAGUUUUCGUGUUCUUACAUUUAGAAUACUUUGUAGAUACGCCCUUACGUUUAUUUUAAACUGUUCGAACAUGAGUUUCUUCAUUGUUUGUAUAUAAUAUCGUCCAUGUAUAAUGAUUAAGUCAAUGAUUAAAUCAUAUUAUUUUUAAUAGGAUAAAAAAUUAACGCAACACCUAUUUCUUCGUAAGCUUACUAACCUUAGGGAUAAACUAAAGUGGUGAACGUCAUCUAAAACCGACAUAGAAGAGGGAUCAUUUUUCUCUAUUUUGAUUGGUCCAUACAUGUCGCAUGUAUAAUGACGUCCUGCAAUCCUUCCGCAUACAAAAUAGACCGUGCUUGGGUUGCACUUAUUUCCAAACAUACAGGAAUUCCUGCGUGUUAUUACCGUGCCUUUACACGCACGUACCAAAUGUGAGGAAUCGUGUGGUCGAGGUUAAGGAUAUAAGGGACAGAGCCCAUUUUCAAGGGGAAAAACGACUUUUAGCUGUCGCCUGCUAUACAAAAUGGAAAACCUCCGAUUAUACCGCUUUAGGGAGCUCCGAUGAUUGAGCACAGCAAUGCAAAAGAAACUGUUAUCCGCGCCUUUGAAGAGAGCUCAAGUUCACCUCUGCAGGACAUAGAGAAGUGUCCCCGGAGCAAAACAAAAUGCAAAACUAUCAGCUGACGUUUUGCGAGCAUCGUCUUGCAGGAUAGUCCUAUAGACAAUGUAGUGUCAUCUUGUAUCGAUCCUAGUCUCCGUUGUUCUGAAUAACAAAACCCAGGCCCAGGGUAUACAUUGCACUCCAACAGAAAUAUUAAUUUAUUUUGCAAAACCUGAUAUGGAGGCGAGUAUUUCAGCUUCCCUUUUACACGACAGCCUCUCUUCUACCGUCGAGCGAGCCGUUCGGUCAGCGGUCGAGACCGUGUUGUGCGAAACGAUGAGGUUCGUCUGGGGCCAGCUGAGCGACUUCCAGAACGCGCUGACGCAGAAGGACGUGGAGAACGCGAAUCUAAAACUGAUUCUGGGGGAAACCCAGACGGAGCUGAAGGCGCUCCGAGAGACCGUGGAGCGUUCCCCUCAUCCAAGACCCCCGGUCACUCCAAACGCGGACGGCAGUGAAGCCUUCGCUCUGUCCUCCUCCCAGCUCCACAAUGGCGCCGAGGGGACCGGCUACGGUCACUGGCCCCGCCAGUCGGGCACGACGCCGGACGGGUGUCCAAACACGCUGCGUUUAAACACGCUGUUGACAGCCUCCGUUUCCAGCGAUGCUCAGACCCCGGACGUUUCGGGGGCGGGCGGAGUCCAGCCGAGAUGGGAUGCCGCGGCUGGGGCGCCUGACUGCGCCGAGACGCAGAGGACGUCUGCGCCCAAACGAGACGCCGGAGGGGCGAUCGCUGGUGGCGGAGAGCGAGGUGAGCGCGGCGCGUCAGGGGGACCGACUGCGCAUCAAGACCCCCCAGCGCAGCCGAGGUUUCUAAAGGGGACUGGGAUCCGGACGGCAGGCCGGGUUGGGUAA